GCUGCGGAUUUCGGUGGUGGAGGGCGAGGAACCGCGGCAGCCGCGGACAGGGCACCCGACCCGCAUCGCCAGGCCUCGGCCGGGAGGCGGGAAGGUCAGCGCUGAGGAGUGGCACUCUUGCGGCAUCCAAGGAGCUGUCGCCCGGCCUGCGCGGCGGCGCCGCCGUCCGUGGAGUCUCUGUAGAAAUUGAAACCCAUCAGUCACCAUUCUUCAAAAUGCAAUGGAAUGUACUACGGACUGUAUCUGGGCUGGUGCACCGGACAUGCAUGGAACCACCUAAAGCUGGUCUUUUUGGACACUUUCAGACCAUAAAGGGAGUAUUACUUUUGUAUAAUACUGAAUCCAAAGUAGUGUUGGUACAAGGCCCACAGAAACAGUGGCUACACUUGUCUGCUGCCCAGUGUGUUGCAAAGGAAAGUAAGUCAUUCGUUGCUCGGCCACCCCUACUUGGGGCCCUUCACUAUAAACAAUGGGAGCAAAAUAUUUCAUCCAAGAGGAUUGUGUCAUCCAAUGCCACAUCCCAAGGAACUCCCACAGGAAAAAAGGAAGAACCUGAUCCUUUACAAGACAAAUCUAUUAGCCUGUAUCAGCGAUUUAAGAAAACAUUUAGACAAUAUGGAAAAGUUUUGAUUCCAGUACACCUAAUAACUUCUGGUGUUUGGUUUGGGACAUUUUACUAUGCAGCCAUAAAAGGAGUGAAUGUCAUUCCUUUUCUAGAACUCAUUGGGUUACCUGACAGCAUAGUCAGCAUUCUCAAAAAUUCCCAGAGUGGAAAUGCACUGACAGCAUAUGCCUUGUAUAAGAUUGCAACACCUGCCCGCUAUACCGUGACUUUGGGAGGAACAUCCUUUACUGUGAAGUACUUGCGAAGUCGUGGCUACAUGUCAACACCUCCUCCAGUUAAGGAGUAUCUACAGGACAGGAUGGAAGAGACCAAGGAGCUUCUCACAGAGAAAAUGGAAGAAACAAAGGAUAGACUCACUGAAAAGUUACAAGAAACCAAAGAAAAAGUUUCUUUUAAGAAGAAAGUGGAAUAGGGUGCCUUUUCUAAUAGGUCAUAGAAAAUUCAUGCACUUUAACCCUUUGGAGACUGUGGGCAAUGAUGCAUUCUCCUGAUUAUUUUUUUGAAUAGUUGCCUAAAUAUACCAGUUUUCUGAGGGUUAAAGAACCAAAGAUACCUUUUUGAAGUUAAAUAUCACUAGAAAAAUCAGUGUUUUUUGAGAGGAAAAAAAUGAACGUAGUAUGGAAGUUUCACAUCAAUAGGAGCAUUAAGCGAUGGUCAAGAGUUCUUUUUAAGGUCUUCAUCAUCAUGUAUGCUGCAUGUUCUGUUGCUGCCCCCUGUAGUGUGUGCAGAUGAGGCAGCUGUCUCCAUAGACAGGCUGUUCAUCCUGAGUCUUCAUCUCCCUGUUAUUCAGUAAGACUUGAAUGUAUUCAUUUCUCAUUGUGGAGACAAACUAUUAUUAUCAAACUACCUUUUUAUGAAAACAGUAUGUAACAGUUGUCUACCAGUUAAAAUGCAAAUUAUAUAAGAGGAAAAUUAAAAUGAAGACGUAUGUAAAUAAGAUGUACUGGCUGUAUGUAUGUGAGAAAAAUGACCCUUUAAAAAUUGAUCCUAUAAAAAUUAUUUUUACUGAAGCUUGUUAUAAAAAAACUUAAGCAUAUAUACAUGGCCAUAGGUCGGUUUCAAAAUUGUAGAUUGAUGUUGAUCACCCAGAACACAAAACUUUGUUUCUUCUUCAACUGAUCUUUCAGAGGAAAAGUGAAAAUAAUGACACCUAAUGUUUAUUGAUGAAAUGAAAUAUUCUCAAGCAGCGACUCAACCUUUUGGUUCUCAACUAAAUAAAGGUUUGGGAGACUAGAAGAUGGCAUCAGGUUGCCACGAAGAUUCCUCACUCCCCCGGCUGUAAACAGGCCUUUUUCUCAGCUAGCCAGUGCCCCCUUCCCAGUGUUAGGGCUUCAGAGCUAAUAGUGAUGUCAUUAUGGAGUGCAAUUUUAAAAUCAAAGCUGCUUCUUUUUCCCUUAGAUUGAAAUACCCUUGCUUGAGCAUUGUAUUUGAAUUUUUGGUAGCAAAACUGUGUAUUAAAUUACCUGUUUGGAAGGAAAUGUAGCCACUGGCACAGGUGAAAGUUGUCAUUGUGUGGGUGUGCUGUAGCAUGCAUGUGUCUAUUUGCUUUUGCUCUAACUGCUCUACUUCUGUUCUGACCUGGUAAUGGACGUUUGGAAGAAGAAAUGGUCUCUUUUUAGAUUGUCAUUGUUCUCAGUUAUCUGGUAAGCAAGAGAAUGUCUUGAGUGUGAAGAACAGCCCUCUGGGGCCUCUGCUGCUGGGGUGGAUUAUUGUAUCAAAUACUGAGUUGGGAAAAAUUUAGAAAAUAGUUUAAAGCCAAAACAUGUUUAUGUUUUUAGAUCUAAUCAUUAUAUUGGAAAAGGUUCUUAAUUAAUAUGCCAUGGUUGGAAUUUUUCUUUUGGCGGUAAAGGGUAGUGAGGGGGUGAGAGCCACGCUGCUCUGAUACAGAGACUGCUCUGGAUCGGGCAGGUGAGUUUUGUCUCCUGAGACGGUGGAAUGCACUAUUUCACAUGGACUCAGAUUCUCAAAUGUAAGCUCCUUUAACGUGUUUUAGCUUGUUUAUUCAGUUCCCAGUUUUACAGAUAUUAAACGCUGAAAUACUAACAGAGUUCUUUGUUUUAGCUUGUUUAUUCAGUUCCCAGUUUUACAGAUAUUAAACGCUAAAAUACCAACAGAGUUCUUUGUUUUAGCUUGUUUAUCCAGUUCCCAGUUUUACAGAUAUUAAACGCUGAAAUCCUAACAGAGUUCUUCGUUUGGCUGCUUGAGACGAGGCCUGUGUUUUAAUACCUUGUGUUAUAUGGAAUUCUUCUAAAACAAUUACUUUUAUUUUUCACAUUUUACAGGGUCUUUUCCAAUGGGAUCGAUUGUAGGUUCUUAGAAGUCACUAAUAACUUCUUCCGACUAGAGAUUUGUUUCCUGAGUACCCAUCUUUUGUUUAGUCCACUUGGUAGUAUUGUCAUCAAGUUAUUCUCACCCAGUUAUAUAGAAGGAGAUACUGCCCAUGACUGCUUUGAAUUCUCAGGUAAAAAAAAAAAAAAAAAUUCUCUGAGGAUGGGGGAUCAGGAAUGAUGCAAAAAUGCCGUUGCUAGCACAUUGGUAACCAACUCCCUAAGAAAAGUUACAAAGACCUUUAAAAGGGACAUCUGUAAUCCGUUGUUUGGAAUUUUAAUAGCAGGCUAACAGAAUAUAGUAGGAUGUGUUGUUAAAUUAUGUGAGUGAACCCCAUUUCAGGAACAGUGAAAUUUGCAUUAAUUCAACUCUAACUUUUGUGAGGUAUGAGGCAGAGCAGCUCCCCAAACUUGGUCUGUGUGUCCAUAUAUAAGUGGGAUGUGUUGACAAGGUGAAGAGGGAGCUAGGGCCAGGACUGAGAUUUAGCUUCUAUAAUGGAUGGAAAGUGUUUGUGCAGCCAAGUAAUAAUGGAAAUGAAAAAUGGCUUGGGGAAGGGACUUAGUUUGUACAAGGAUGGUAGCAAAACCAACCUUUUAAAGUAUCACACCAAAAAAUACCUUUUACUAAGAUAUCCUUUUGCAUACAAUAAGGUUCUGUGUUUACAGAUUCCAACAAAGGAGAAAAAGGAUACAUAUAUUUAGAUUACCUUUUUCCUAGUAUUGAGUACAGCAAAAUUUAUGCCUUCAAAGAUAACCUACACUUUAUUUAUUGCGACAGAAUCUACCCUCAUUUAUUUCCAACUGAAAGAUAUUCUUGAGGGUUUUUAUGCUUGACAAUGAAAUGCUGCUAUUGAUUGUCUCUUAAUGAAGAUAACCCUAGGAAUUUUAAAGAACUUAAUAAUUUAGGCAGAAGAAAUGUUCGAAGAAAAGAAGCAAGUUGCACGUUACGCACAUCUAGCUUCUUUUUUUUUUUCUGGGUCAUCUUCAGGAUUUCUUAACUGAGACUAUGGUGAUGGUAAUGAAAUGGACAGAAAGUGACUUUAGCAACUGAAGCAGAAAAAUACAUCUUUCCUGAUAUUUUAGAAAUUACAGCAUUUCUUUAAAAUGCUUUUGUGAGGCAUACAUUUCUGAAUUAUGAUUAAAGAAUUCCUUCUGAAAAAUAACUUGUUUUUAUGGUAACGUACAUGCAUGUGGUUUGUUGGAUACAGUUCUUCUCUUUUUAAUGGAGACCUUCAUUCAUUUUACAUUUUCAAAAUUGAGUCGCCAUGCUGUUGUUGUUAGAUGCCAUCGAGUCGACUCUGACUCACAGCAGCCUUACGUAUAACAGAACAAGAUGUUGCCCAGUCCUGUGCCAUUCUCACGAUCCUUGCUGUGCUUGACCGCAUUGUUGCGGCCACUGUGUCAGUCCGUCUCACUGAGGGGCUCCCUCUUUUUUCGCUGACCCUCUACCAAGCAUGAUGUCUUUCUUCAGUGAUUUGUCCCUCCUUUAGGGCUGGAUUACCCAAUAAUCAACGUACACACUGGUUUACUUGUGUGUAUUUACUAAUCUGUAGUGAACAAUUUCACCACAUGAAAUGUCUAAAACAGGUGAAAUUGUUCACUGCAGAUUAGUAAGCACAAUGCUCACUGAUUAGUCUGCCCCUGCUCCUGAUGAGGAAACCCUGGUGGCAUAGUGGUUAAGAGCUACGUCUGCUAACCAAAAGGUCUAGCAGUUCAAAUCCACCAGGCGCUCCUUGGAAACCCUAUGGGGCAGUUCUACUCUGUCCAUUAGGGUUGCUAUGAGUCAGAAUCAACCUGAUGGUGAUGGGUUUUUUUUGGGGGGGGGGGUGGGGCUCCUGAUGACAUGUGCAAAGUAAGUGAGACAAAAUCUAAUUCUCACUUCUAAGUAGCAUUCUGGCUGUACUUCUUCCAAGACAGAUUUGUGCCUUCUUCUAGCAGUCCAUGGUGUAUUCAGUAUUCACCAACACCACAAUACACAUGCAUCAGUUCUUUGGUCUUACUGUCCAGCUUCCACAUGCAUAUGAGGCAAUUGAAAAGACCAUGGCUUGCUUCAGGUGCACCUACAUCAUUAAGUGACAUCUUUGCUUUUUAACAUUUUAAAGAAAUCUUUUGCAUUGUAUUUGCAGUGCAUCAUUUGAUUUCUUGACGUCCAUCAACAUUGAUUGUUGAUGCAAGAAGAAUGAACUCCCUGUCAGUCCUUUGUCAUUUAUUAUGAUGUUUUUGGCCCAUGUCAUGGAUUGAAUUACGUCCCCCCAAAAAUGUGUACCAACUUGGUUAGGCCAUGAUUCCCAGUAUUCUGUCCUUGUCCUCCAUUUUGUGAUUGUAAUUUUGUGUUAAAGAGGAUUAGGGUGGAAUUGUAACACCCUUACAAGGUCACAUCUGUGAUCCAACGUACAGGAAGUUUCCCUGGGGUGUGGCCUGCACCACCCUUUCCUCUCUUGAGAGAGAAAAGGAAAGGGAAGCAAGCAGAGAGUUGGGAACCUAAUACCACCAAGAAAGCAGCGCCAGGAGCAGAGCGCAUCCUUUGGACCUGAGGUUCCUGUGCUAAGAUGCUCCCAGACCAAGGGAAGACUAAUGACAAGGACCUUCCUCCAGAGCCAACAGAGAAAGCCUUCUCCUGGAGCUGACACCCUGAAUUUAGACUUGUAGCCUACUAGGCAGUGAGAAAAUAGAUUUCUCUUUGUUAAAGCUAUACAUUUGUGGUAUUUCUUUUAUAGCAGCACUAGAUGACUAAGGCAGCCCAGUUGUAAAGAUUUUCAUUUUAUGUUUAGGAGUCAUCCAUACUGAAGGCUGUAGUGUUAGACCUUCAUCAGUAAGUGCUUCAAGUCAUCUUUACUUUCUUCAGGCAAGGUUGUGUUAAUCUGCAUAUCUCAGGUUAAUUAGUCUUCCUCCAACCCUGAUGCUGUGUUGUUCUUCAGAUAGCCCAGCUUCUUAGAUUAUUCAGUAUAUUGAAUAAGUAAGGUGAAAGAAUGCAACCCUGCCACAUAUCUUUUCCAAUUUUAAGCCAUGCAGCAUCCCCUUGUUCUGUUGGAACAACUGCCUCUUGAUACAUGUACAGGUUCCUCAUGAGCAGAAUUAAGUGUUCUUCACAGUGUAUCCAUAAUUUUUUAUGAUCUAUACAGUUGAAUGCCUUCAUAUACUUGAUAAAAGAUAGGUAAACAUCUUUCUGGUAUUCUCUGCUUUGGCCAAGAUCCUUCCGACAUCAGCAAUGACUCCUCCUUCCAUGUCCUCCUCUGAAUCCACCUCGAACUUCUGGCAGUUCCCCGUUGAUAUACAGCUGCAGCUGUUUUUGAAUUAUACUCAGUAAAAUUCUGCUAGCAUGUGAUAUUAAUGAUAGUGUUGGAUAAUUUCUGCAUUCUGUUCGAUCACCUUUCUUUGGAAUGAGCAUGAAUAUGGUUGUCUUCUAGUUGGCUGGCCAGGUGGUUGUCUUCUAGUUGGGUGGCCAGGUAGCUGUCUUCCAAAUUUCUUGACAGGCAAGUAAGUUUUGUAGUUUUGCAUCUGUUUGUUGAAGCAUCUGAAUUGGUAUUCCAUCAACUACUGUGGCCUUGUUUUUCACUAGUGCCACAGGAAUCAAAUAGACUACAUCUAUGGAAAGAGACAAUGGAAAUGCUCAACGUUACCAGUUAAACUAAGCCAGGGGUUGUCUGCUGGACAGACCAUUAAUUACUCGUAUGCCAGUUCAAGGUGAAGCUGAAGGAAAAGCAAGUCCAGGAGAGCCACGGUACAACCUUGAAUACAUCCCACCUGAAUUUCGAGACCAUCUCAAGAAUAGAUUUGACACACUAAUGACCGAAGACCAGAAAAGUUGUGGAAUAACGUCAAGGUCAUCAUACAUAAAGAAAGCUAAAGGUCAUUAAAAAGACAAGAAAGAGAGAGAAGACCAAAGUGGAGGUCAGAAAAUACUCUGAGACUUGCUUUUGAGUGCAGAGUAGCUAAAGCAAACAGAAGAAAUGAUGAAGUAAAAAAGCUGAACAGAAUAUUUCAAAAGGUGGCUUGAGAAAACAAAGUAUUGUAAUGAAAUGUGCAAAGACCUUGAAUUAGAAAACCAAAAGGGAAGAAUACCGUCAGCAUUUCUCAAGCUGAAAGCCUUGAGUUGCAGUAUUGAAGGAUCCUAUGGGCAAAAAUGAAAUGAGUCUCUAUAGGCCUAAAAUAAAAUAGAUGAAAUAUUACCAGAGUUGUUUCCUAUUUAAACGCCUCUUUUGCGAGCCUUUUUCACUACUUACUGGCUUUAUUGGCAUCAUGGUCUCACAACAAAUCAAAUCAUAUUGGUCUAGAUGCCUGAAUAGCACACAAGGACUCAGAAAUUGUGAACUCCUCUGCUGCCUUGGAAUUUGACCACCUGAACCAUGAAUCUACAGAACCAGAAGUGGGUAAUUUUAAUUAUGUAUUAUGAACUGGUUGACAUUCAGUCAUUUCAGGGAGUAGCAUAUGAUCAAGAACUGAUGGUACUGAAGAAAGAAGUCCAAGCUGCACUGAAGACAUUGGCGAAAAACAAGGCUUCAGAAAUCGACAGAAUACCAAUUGAGAUGUUUCAACAAAUGAAUGCAGUGUGGAAGUGCUCAGUCAUCUAUGCCAAGAAAUUUGAAAUACAGUUACCUGGCCAACUGACUGGAAGAGAUCCAUACUUAAUGCCUAUUCCCAAGAGAGGUGAUCCAACAAUUCAGAAAUUAUCAAACAAUAUCAUUAAUAUCACAUGCAAGUAAAAUUUUGCUGAAGCUGAUUCAAAAGUGGUUGCAGCCGUACAUUGUCAGGGGACUGCCAGAAGUUCAAGCCAGAUCCGGAAGAGGAUAUCAUUAAUAAUGUCACGGAUCUUGGCUAAAAGCAGAGAAUACCAGAAAGAUUUUUACCUGUGUUUUACUGACUAUGAAAAGACAUUUGACUGUGUGAAUCAUAACAAAUUAUGGGUAACAUUGCCGAUAAUGGGAAUUCCAGAACACUUAAUUGUGCCCAUGAGGAACCUGCACAUAGAUCAAGAGGCAGUCAUUCAAACAGAACAAGGGGAAACUGCGUGGUUUAAAGUCAAGAAAAGUGUGCAUCGACGUUGUAUCUUUUCACCAUACUUACUCAAUCUGUAUGCUGUGUAGAUAACUUGAGAAGCUGGCCUAUAUGAAGAAGAAGGCAGCAUCGGGAUUGAAGGAAGACUCAUUUAAGACCUGUGAUACGCAGAUGACAUAACCUUGCUUGCUGAAAAUAAAGAGGACUUGGAGCACUUAUUGAAGAUCAAAGACUCCAGCCUUCAUUAUGGAUUACACCUUAAAACAAAAAUCCACACAACUGCACCAAUAAGCAACUUCAUAAUAAAUGGAGAAAAAUUUGACAUUGUCAAGGAUUUCAUUUUACUUGGAUCCACAAUCAACACCCACGGAAGCAGCAGUCAAGAAAUCAAAUGACACAUUGCAUUGGACACACCUUCAAAAGACCUCUUUAAAUUGUUAAAAAAGCUAAGAUGGAACCUUGAAGACUAAGGUGCACCUGACCCAAGCCAUGGUGUUUUCAGUCACCUCAUAUGUGUGUGAAAGCUGAUCAAUGAAUAAGGAAGACAGAAGAAAAAUUGACACCUUUGAAUUAUGGUGUUGGCAAAGAAUAUUGAAUAUACGUGGUCAGCCAAAAGAACGAACAAAUUUGUCUUGGAAAAACAGCCAGAAUGUUCCUUAGAAGUGAAGAUGGCAAUGCUUCAUCUCAUACUUUGGAUAUGUUAGCAGGAGGGAUCAGUUCCUGGAAAAGGACAUCAUGCUUGGUUGAGGGUCAGCGAAAAAGAGGAAGUCUCUCAAUGAGAUGGAUUGACACAGUGGCUGCAACAACGGGCUCAAGCAUAACAACAUCAUGAGAAUGGCACAGGACCAGGCUGUGUUUCAUUCUGUUGUACAUAGGUCUGCUAUAGGUCGGAACUGACUCGACGGCACCUAACAACAACAACAUUUUGAACUUUGAUCUCUAUUGGCCCGUUUGUAUAUUAUGUAGUAUCAAGUUAGUAUUAAAUGGGAUUGCAAAAGAUGUUGUGUCAUAUACCUAAGGGCACAAUAGUAGGAGUUGAGAUCUCAUUCUUCUUUCUUUAUAGACAUGAAUGGUCUAGGGGAUCUACUUCCUAGAAUUUAUCUUCAGCUAUGAAUUUUUUUUUUUAGUGAAUUUUAGCCCUAUCUUAUGGUUCUUGAAAGAUCUUUCUCCGGCACUUUGUGGUAGUAACUCGUAUUUGAGAAGUACUGACUCAAGCCAAUUGGAUAUAUUUUCCCUCUGAGAUUUUUCCUUUGUGACUUCUGUGUCAAGUUUGUUUUUACUAGUCAACACAAGUUUUUGAUUGUCUUGCUUCCUUCAGAGUUUGCAUCUAGAAAUCAAGCUAUAUUCUCCAUGCAUCAUUCACAGUCACCAACAGUAACAAUCAGAUCGUAACUACCCUGUGGCAAUUAUCUGGUUACUUUUUUUUUUUAAUAUUUUUUUAAAAUAAUUGUGCUUUAAGUGAAAGUUUACAAAUCAAGUCAGUCUCUCACACAAAAACCCAUAUACACCUUGCUACACACUCCCAAUUAAUCUCCCCCUAAUAAGACAGCCUGCUCUCUCCCUCCACUCCUUUUGUGUCCGUUUCGCCAGCUUCUAACCCCUUCCACCCUCUCAUCUCCCCCCAGGCAGGAGAUGCCAACAUAGUCUCAAGUGUCCACCUGAUCCAAGAAGCUCACUCCUCACCAGCAUCAUUCUCUAACCCAUUGUCCAGUCCAAUCCAUGUCUGAAGAGUUGGCUUCGGGAAUGGCUCCUGUCCUGGGCCAACAGAAGGUCUGGGGGCCGUGAACACCGAGGUCCUUCCAGCCUCAGACCAGUUAACUCUGGUCUUAUGAGAAUUUGGGGUCUGCAUCCCACUGCUCUCCUGCUCCCUCAGGGGUUCUCCGUUGUGUUCCCUGUCAGGGCAGACAUCGGUUGUAGCCGGGCACCAUCUAGUUCUUCUGGUCUUAGGAAGAUAUAGUCUCUGGUUCAUGUGGCCCUUUCUGUCUCUUGGACUUGUAAUCACCUUGUGUCUUUGGUGUUCUUCAUUCUCCUUUGAUCCAGGUGGGUUGAGACCAAUUGAUGCAUCUUAGAUGGCUGCUUGCUAGUGUUUAAGACUCCAGACGCCACUCUUCAAACUGGGAUGCAGAAUGUUUUGUUAAUAGAUUUUAUUAUGCCAAUUGACUUAGAUGUCCCCUGAAACCAUGGUCCCCAGACCCCUGCCCCUGCUAUGCUGGCCUUCGAAGCAUUCAGUUUAUUCAGGAAACUUCUCUGCUUUUGGUUUAGUCCAGUUGUGCUGACCUCCCCUGUAUUGUGUGUUGUCUUCCCUUCACCUAAUGGAGUUCUUAUCUACUAUCUAAAUAGUGAAUAGCCCUCUCUCACCCUCCCUCCCUCCCCCCUCUCUUAACCACAAAAGAAUGUUUUCUUCUCAGUUUAAACUGUUUCUGAAGUUUUUAUAAUAGUGGUCUUAUACAAUAUUUGUCCUUUUGCAACUGAUGAAUUUCACUCAGCAUAAUGCCUUCCAGGUUCCUCCAUGUUAUGAAAUGUUUCACAGAUACCUCACUGUCCUUUAUCGAUGCGUAGUAUUCCAUUGUGUGAAUAUACCAUAAUUUAUCCAUUCAUCCAUUGAUGGGCACCUUGGUUGCUUCCAUGUUUUUGCUAUUGUAUACAGUGCUGCAAUAAAACAUGGGUGUGCAUAUAUCUGUAAAGGCUCUUAUUUCUCUAGGAUAUAUUCCAAGGAGUGGGAUUGCUGGAUCGUAUGGUAGUUCUAUUUCUAACUUUUUAAGGAAGCACCAAAUCGAUUUCCAAAGUGAUUGUACCAUUUGAUAUUCUCACCAGCAGUGUAGAAGUGUUCCAAUCUCUCCGCAGCCUCACCAACAUUUAUUAUUUUGUGUUUUUUGGAUUAAUGCCAGUCUUGUUGGAGUGAGAUGAAAUCUCAUUGUAGUUUUGAUCUGCAUUUCUCUAAUGGCUAAUGAUCGUGAACAUUUGAUCUGCAUUUUUCUAAUGGCUAAUGGUCGUGAACAUUUCCUCAUAUAUCUGUUAGCUACCUGAAUGUCUUCUUUAGUGAAGUGUCUUAUUCAUAUCUUUGGCCUAUUGUUUAAUUGGUUUACUUGUCUUUUUGCAGUUGAGUUUUUGCAGUAUUAUGUAGAUUUUAGAGAUCGGGCGCUGAUCAGAAAUGUCAUGGCUAAAAGCUUUUUCCCAGUCUGUAGGUAGUCUUUUUACUCUUUUGGUGAAGUCUUUGGAUGAGCAUAAGUGUUUGAUUUUUAUGAGCUCCCAGUUAUCUAGUUUUUCUUCUACAUUCGUUAUAAUGUUUUGUAUACUGUUUAUGCCAUGUAUAAAGUGCUCCUAACAUUGUCCCUAUUUUUUCUUCCAUGAUCUUUAUCGUUUUAGAUUUUAUGUUUAGGUCUUUGAUCCAUUUGGAGUUAGUUUUUGUGCAUGGAGUGAGGUAUGGGUCUUGUUUCAUUUUUUUGCAGAUGGAUAUCCAGUUCUACCAGCACCAUUUGUUAGAAAGACUGCCUUUUCCCCAUUUAAAUGAUUUGAGGCCUUUAUCAAGUAUCAACUGCUCAUAUAUGGACGGAUUUAUGUCUGGAUUCUCAAUUCUGUUCCAUUGGUCAAUAUAUCUGUUGUUGUACCAGUACCAGGCUUUUUUGACUACUGUGGCGGUAUAAUAGGGUUUCUUUUCUUUCCCUUCCAUAUGAAAUUGGUGAUUUGUUUUCUCCAUCUUAUUAAAGAAUGUCCUUGGGAUUUGGAUCGGAAUUGCAUUAAAUGUAUAGAUCGCUUUUGGUAGGAUAGAAUUUUUUGUAAUGUUAAGUCUUCCUAUCCACCACCAAGGUAUGUUCUUCCACUUGAGUAAGUCUCUUUGGGUUUCUUGCGGAAGUGUACCACAGUUUUCUUUGUAUAAGUCUUUUACAUCUCUGGCAAGAUUUGUUCUGAAGUAUUUUAUCUUCUUGGGGGCUACUGUAAUUGGCAUUGAUUUGGUGAUUUCCCCUUUGAUGUUCUUUUUGUUGGUGUAGAGGAAUCCAACUGAUUUUUGUAUGUUUAUCUUGUAUCCCAAUACUCUACUGAACUCUGCAAUUAGUUUCAGUAGUUUUCUGGAGGAUUCCUUAGGGUUUUCUGUGUAUAAGAUCAUGUCAUCUGCAAAUAGAGAUACUUUUACUUCUUCCUUGCCCAUCUAGAUGCCCUUUAUUUCUUUAUCUAGCCUAAUUGCUCUGGCUAGGACUUCCAGCACAAUGUUGAAUAAGAGUGGUGAUAAAGGGCAUCCUUGUCUGGUUCUCGAUCUCAGUGGGAAUGUUUUCACGCUCUCUCUAUUUAGGGUGAUGUUGGCUGUUGGCAUUGUGUAAAUGCCCUUUAUUAUGUUGAGAAAUUUUCCUUCUAUUCCUAUUUUGCUGAGAGUUUUUAUCAUGAAUGAGUGUUGAACUUUGCCAAAUGCCUUUUCUGCAUCAAUUGAUAAAAUCAUGUGAUUCUUGUCUUUUGUUUUAUUUAUGUGGGGGAUUACAUUAAUUGUUUGUCUAAUGUUGAGCCGUCCCUGCAUACCUGGUAUGAAUCCCACUUGGUCAUGGUGAAUUAAUUUUUUGAUAUGUUGUUGAAUUCUAUUGGCUAGAAUUUCGUUGAGGAUUUUUACAUCUACUUUCAUAAGGGAUAUAGGUCUAUAAUUUUCUUUUCUCAUGGUGUCUUUACCUGGUUUUGGUAUGAGGGAUAUGGUGGCUUCAUAGAAUGAGUUUGGUAGUAUUCCAUCCUUUUCUAUGCUCUGAAAUACCUUUAGUAGUAGUGGUGUUAACUCUUCUCUGAAAGUUUGGUGGAACUCUGCACUGAUGCUGUCUGGACCAGGGCUUUUUUUUUGUUGGGAGUUUUUUGAUUACCUUUUCAAUCUCUUCUUUUGUUAUGGGUCUAUUUAGUUGUUCUGCCUCUGUUUGUGUUAGUUUAGGUAGGUAGUGUGUUUCUAAGAAUUCAUCCAUUUCUUCUAGGUUUUCAAAUUUGUUUUAGUUUUUCAUAGUAACCUGAUAUGAUUCUUUUAAUUUCACUUGGGUCUGUUCUAAUAUCGCCCAUCUCAUUUCUUAUUCAGGUUAUUUGCUUCAGCUCAUGUUUUUGUUUUCUCAGCUUGGCCAAUGGUUUAUCAAUUUUGUUGAGUUUUUCAAAAAAACAGCUUUUGGUCUUGUUAAUUCUUUGGAUUGUUUUUCGUUUUCUAUUUCAUUUAGUUCAGCUCUAAUUUUUAUUAUUUUCUUCUGGUGCCUGUGGGUUUCUUUUGUUGCUCUCUUUCUAUUUGUUCAAGUUGUAGGGAUAAUUCUUUGAUUUUGGCCCUUUCUUCUUUUUGGCUGAGUGCAUUUAUUGAUAUAAUUUGGCCUCUGAGCACCACUUUUGAUGUGUCCCAAAGGAUCUGAUAGGAAGUGUUUUCAUUCUCAUUGGAUUCUAUGAAUUUCUUUAUUCCAUCCUUAAUGUAUUCUAUAAUCCAGUCUUUUUUGAGUAGGGUAUUGUUCAGUGUCCAAGUGUUUGAUUUCUUUUCCCUGCUUUUCCUGUUAUUCAUUUCCACUUUUAUGGCCUUAUGGUCAGAGAAGAUGCUUUGUAAUAUUUCAAUGUUUUUGGAUUCUGCUAAGGCUUGCUUUAUGACCUAAUCUGUGGUCUAUUCUAGAGAUUGUUCCAUGUGCACUACAAAAGAAAGUAUACUUGGCUGCUGUUGGGUGGAGUGUUCUGUAUAUGUCUACGAGGUCAAGUUGGUUGAUUGGGGCAUUUAGAUCUUCCGUGUCUUUAUUGAGCUUCUUUCUGGAUGUCCUGCCCUUCACUGAAAGUGGUGUGUUGAAGUCUCCUACUAUUAUUGUGGAUCUGUCUAUUUCACUUUUCAAUGCUGACAGAGUUUGCUUUAUGUAUCUUGCAGCUCUGUCACUGGGUGCAUAAAUAUUUAAUAUGGUUAUAUCUUCUUGGUGUAUUGUCCCUUUAAUCAUUAUACAGUGUCCUUCCUUAUCCUUUCUGUUGGAUUUAACUUUAAAGUCUAUUUUCUCAGAAAUUAAUAUUGCCACCCCUGCUCUUUUUUGAUUGUUGUUUGCUUGGUAUAUUUUUUUCCAUCCUUUUGAGUUUUAGUUUGUGUCUCUAAGUCUAAGGUGUGUCUCUUGUAGCCAGCAUAUAGACGGAUCUUGUUUUUUAAUCCAUUCUGCCACUCUCUGUCUCUUUAUUGGUGUAUUGAGUCCAUUGACAUUCAGGGUAAUUAUGGAUAGGUAUGAAUUUUAUGAAUUUAGUGCUAUCAUUUUGAUGUCUUUUUUUGUGUGUUGACAGCUUCUUUUUCCCACUUGAUUUUAUGUGCUGAGUAGAUUUUCUUUGUAUAUUGUCCUUUCCUCAUAUUUGUUGUUGUUGAUUUUGUUUCUGCUGAGUCUCUAUUUUUCCCUUGUAUUUUAUUGUGAUGAGUAAGAUAGUUUGUCUCCUUUGUGGUUACCUUAUUAUGUACCCCUAUUUUUCUAAAUUUAUAACUAACUUUUAUUUCUUUGUAUUGCCAUAUCUUCCUCUCCAUAUGGAAGAUGUAUGAUUACAUUUCUUAGUCCCUCUUUAUUAAUUUAAUGUUGUCUUCUUUUAUAUAAUAACAUCGCCGUUACCCUGUGUUGGGCUUUUUUGUUGUUGUUGUUGUUGUUGUUGUUUUUGGAUUUCCCUGUCUGGGUUGACUUCUGGUUGCUCUGCCCAGUGUUCCAGUCUUGGGUCGAUACCUGAUAUUAUUGAUUUUCUAACCAAAGAACUCCCUUUAGUAUUUCUUGUAGUUUUGGUUUGGUUUUUAUGAAUUCCCUCAACUUGUGUUUAUCUGGAAAUGUCUUAAUUUCAUCUUCAUAUUUAAGAGACAGUUUUGAUGGAUAUAUGAUUCUUUCCAAUUUUUUUCCUUCAAUUUUUUAAAUAUGUCAUCCCGUUGCCUUCUUGCCUGCAUGGUUUCUGCCGAGUAGUCCGAGCUCUUUCUUUUUGGCUCUCCCUUGUAGGUGACUUUUCUUUUAUCCUUCACUGCUCUUACAAUUGUCUGUUUAUCUUUGGUUUUGGCACGCUUGAUUACAAUAUGUCUUGGUGACUUUCUUUUAAGAUCUACCUUAUGUGGAGUUCGAUGAGCAUCUUGGAUAGAUAUCUUCUCAUCUUUCACAAUAUCAGGGAAGUUUUCUGCCACCAAAUCCUCAACAAUUUCCUCUGUAUUUUCUGUUAUCCCUCCCUGUUAUGGUACUUCAAUCACUCGUAGGCUAUUUCUUUUGACAGAUCCCACAUGAUUCUUAAGGUUUCUUCAUUUUUUUAAAUUCUUUUAUCUGAUUUUUCUUCAAAUAUAUUAGUGCCAAGUGUUUUAUCUUCGAGUUCAGAAAUUCUAGCCUCUACUUGCUCAAUUCUGCUCCUCUGACUUUCUACUGAGUUAUCUAAUUCUGUAAUUUUAUUGUUAAUCUUCUGAAUUUCUGAUUGCUGUCUGUCUAUGGAUUUUUCCAGCUUAUUAAAUUUUUCAUUAUGUUCCUGAAUAAUCUUUCUGAGUUCUUCAGUUGCUUUAUCUGUGCUUUCCUUGGCUUGUUCUGUGUAUUGCCUCAUUUCCUUCUUGAUGUCUUGAAGGGUUCUGUAUAUUAAACUUCUGUAUUCUGCAUCUGGUAAUUCCAGGAAUGCACUUUCAUCUAGAAGAUCCCUGGAUUCUUUGUUUUGAGAGCCUGUUGAGGUGAUCAUGGUUUGUUUCUUUAUGUGACUCUAUAUUGACUGUUGUCUCUGAGCCAUCUAGAAGUCAUUGUAUUAGUUUAUGCUUGCCUACUGUAUCGUAGCUGCUUGCUUUGUUUUGUUUUGGUACACCCCUAUUGGUUGCUUGAGUGAGCUGGCUUGAUUAUUUUCACCUUUGAAGCUCUGGUGUCCUGUCCUCAGCUGGCUAGAAUUGUUAUCAGGUAUAUCAGUCUAGGAGUCCCUUCAGUUUUCCUGUAUGAAUUCAGCUCAGGUUUCCAGGUAGCUGAUAUUAAGUGUGUGGUACAGGCUCUGUCCUACAGUCUUAGAGAGGCAGCGGUGAUUGGCGUAUAUACUGGUAUCUGAUUGCAGCAGGGGGUCACGCUCUGAACAAGGCAGGGGGCUGAGAACUGUUCCCUAGAGUAGCUGGUGGGUGGGCUCUGCAGAGGGACCAUGGGCACCCAAAGUUUUUUGUUGUAAGGACUGGGAGGUACCAGUUUUCCCUGGACCCCUGUCACGGGUGACUGGGCGACCCAAGUGGAGCCACCAGUUCUUAGGUCCCUGUUGUGAGUAGGUGAGGACCCUGUUUAAUAGGCAAAGCAAUGCUAAAUGUCAAACACCCACUUCUCCACUGCACCACUGAAAUGGUUGGAGUUUGCCAACAAGGGCCUGUUGUCCCGAAAUAGGCCCACACAGGUCCAUGCAGAAGGGAAAGGUGCUCAAGGUCAAUGGACCGUUUAUGCCUGGAUGGGAGCCACUUCUGUCCUGAGCUCCCCCAGGUAAUGGAGGUAGCAAAUUAUCUUUUUCCCCCAGUUGCAAAUUUUUUCCUUCCCCAAAGCUGGGAGGAUGGCUCCAGGUGCUCACCAGGGUCUAUCUCAAGCCCAGGGAUUCAGCCACUGAAGCUGGCCUGGGGGUAGGGGUGGGGCACGGCAAAAUAUACGCAAGUAGUUAGCUUCUGCUGAGAGCUCCCUUCUCCUCAGGUUCUGGAGGCGUGAGUGGGCUGUGUGGCUGGCUGCUCCUCCCUGAGGAAACUGAAGCUGAACGCUAGGACCAGCCCGCUGCUGCUGCCACCGCCCCGCCGCUUCAGGAAUGGUGCCUGAGGGCUCCCCGCGAUUCAGGUCUGGCAAUGCCUCUUCGCUUCUGAACAGUCUCUUCCUUCCCCUGCCCCUCCGUUCAUUGUCUAAGCUUGCCUUUGAUGCUCAGGGCUCCCAGCUUGUCACAAAUAUACUCGCUUCACUUGUUUUUUGGGGUCUUUGUUGUAAAGAGGGCUCGACAGAAGCGUCUGUCUAUUCCGCCGUCUUGGCUCCGCCUCCCCUCCACAUCUGAAAUACUGAUAGUCUCUGAAGGACUUGGGAAAUGGACUUCCAUUCUCUACCAGAAGGCUUCCUUUAGAGAUAAGGAAACCUCUGUGGUCUUGAGUAGAAAAAAGAAGUAAUAAUCUUUGUGUACCCAGCGGAGAAACACAAGAAUAAUCAGUUUCAGCAGCUGCUUCGUUCACCACCGAGGUCAGGCAAUUUUCCUCUCCACCGCCUCAAUCCGAGAACGGGAUGCAAAGCUUAUCUGGUUAUUUUGAUGAGCAUGAUCUUAGUAGAAAGAAUGCAUCUUGAUUUCAGAAACCUUCAGGGCAGAGUAUAAUAACAAUAUCUUAGUCAUCUGGUGCUCCUAUAACAGAAAUACCACAAGUGGAUGGCUUUACCACAGAGAAGUUUAUUCUUUCACAGUCCAGUGGGCUAGAAGUCCGAAUUUAGGGUGCUGGCUCCAGGGGAAGGCUUUCUCUGUCAGCUCUGGAGGAAGGUCCUUGUCAUCAAUCUUAUGUUGGUCUGGGAGCAUCUCAGUGCAGGAACCUCAGGUCCAGAGGACCCGCUCUGCUCCCAGUGCUGGUUUCUUGGUGGUAUAUGAAGGAUCCCAUGUGUCUCUGCUCGCUUCUCUCUUUUAUAUAUUAAAAGAGAUCAGGUUAAGAUGCUACCUAAUCUUGUAGACCUCAUCAAUAUAACUGCCACUAAUCCAUUUUAUUACAUCAUACUGAUAGGAUUUACAACACAUAGGGAAAUCACAUCAGAAGAUAAAAUGGUAGACAAUCAUGCAGCCAUACAAGGGAAUCAUGGCCUAGCCAAGUUGACAGACAUUUUGGGGGGACACAAUUCAAUCCAUGACAAACAGUAAGCCUGUUUUUUAUUUUGGUGAAUUGAUUGAACAGUCAGCUGGGAAGAUGUAUAGGCAGAGUUAUUUUCAGAAGAUUUGGCCUCUUUUUACAGAUGAGAGUGGUCAUAAGAGAGUAAUUCUAAAUAUUAAGCAUUUGUCACAUUUUGUUUUCUCAGUCCGUGAAGCAGUGAAACAGUUAACCAUGUUUUAUAUACUGCCAAAAUAGCAAGGAUUUUGGCAAGGAUUGAAAAACUAGUAAUUCUCACAAAAAUAGAACCUUUCUUCUUUCAUUCCCUCCCUCUCACCAGCUUUUUGUUUCAUAUUUUGGCUAAUUUAAGUGUUAGAAAACUAUCUUGCAAGUGAGAAAGAAGGCAAGUUUGCAAGUGAGUGUGUGCCACACAUGGAGCUUUGCACUCUGUGCUGGAAGGUUCUUCCUCUCAGUAGCUGAUAAUGUCAUAUGCCAGGCCCGCUUCUAGCCAGAGCAGGACAGUAAGCUUUCAGAUGCAGUUGGCAGAUAGUAUUACAGGACUUUCAAUUUUUAGAGCAACAACACUAAAACCUAAACAUACUUUUUAUUUUGAUAAAAUGAGUUUUUUCCCUUUUUAAUCAAAUAAAUGGUAAAAGCCAGCCUUUUAUUCUAUUUUGAUAAUUUUAUAAAGAAUACUCCAAGUAUCCAAACCCACUGCCAUUGAGCCGAUUCCGACUCAUAGCGACCCUAUAGGACAGAGUAGAACUGCCCCAUAGAGUUUCCAAGGAACAUUUGGCAGACUCGAAUUGCUGACCUCUUGGUUAGCAGCCAUAGCACUUAACCACUACGCCACCAGGGUUUCCAACCAAGUAUAGGACAUAUGAAAUUAGGGCAAGUCUUAAUCUUCCCUUAAACCAAUUAGAUGUUUAACUCCUUAAAACCUAAAUUGGAUUUUUUUUUUUUUUUUUAGAGGACAUAUAGCAUUUUCAAGAUCCUUAUAAGAAGUUAAAAUGGAGCCUCCUCUAAAUUUGAGAAAGCCUUCUAUGGCAGUAGCCCAGGGUAAGAGGAGCAGCCCAGGGUAUGGAAUGAUCCCACCCACAUGCAAAGUAGAAAUGCCUGGAGUAAUGCCUUACAUCUGCUCUUGGAUUUCAAAGCAUGUUUGCACUAUUUGCUAGCAGAGAUUGUUAGAGCAUUUUAUGAGUAAAGAUGAUUGGCAAUAGGAGAAAAAAAUACAACUCUAUAAAUGAAAACUACUUUGUAAACAGGUUAAGUUAUACAAACAGCUAGUAUAUAUACACUUGGCACUUUUGAUUUAAAAAUAGGGCUAGUGAGGUUUGCACUGCAUUCAAGUCCUUGGCUCAACCCUUGCUUUCAGGGGAACCCAAAUGGAGACAGCACCAGAUAACACCUGGUACGGACCCUAUUACAGAGAGGGAGGGUGCUAUUUCUCAGUUGUGGCAAGCCAACACCAGGCUUUACAGAUCAGACCAUCAAGUACAAAUCUCAAGCCCUGAGUCCUGUUUCACCAUGAAGGGUGUUUACAUUCUUGUUAGUUUCACUCAGGCACAUCAAAUUUGGGGACUAUGCUUUAGCUACAUGUCGGUCUUGUUCUCUAAUGAUCUGCUGAACAAGAAAUUACAGAAGUUAUUCCAGAACAUAAUGUGGUUUAUCCGUGACUGCUGUUUUAUAGUGGACAUGGAUGGUUCAGUGAUAGAAUUUCUCACCUUUCAUAACAGGAGACCCCAGUUCAAUUCCUGGCCAAUACACCUCAUCUGCAGCCAUCACCCAUCUGUCACUGGAAGCUUUCAUGUUGCUGUGAUGCUGAACAGGUUUCAGUGGAAUUUCCAGACUAAGAUGGAUUACUUCCAAAAAUUAGCCAGUAAAAACCUUGUGGAUCACAACAGUCCAAUUCACAACUGGUCAUGGUGCAGGACCAGGCGGUGUUUCCUUCUGUUGUGCAUGGGGUCAAAGGGCUGACUUGAUAGCAGACAACAACAUUUGUUGUUUUAAAGAAAGAAAUUAUUUUCUUAUAGCUCUUUUUCUUCUCAGAUAUUCCUAGCCCCCCUUUCAAAAUAAUCUUAUAGAAAUUAAUUCAGAGUCUAAAAUGGGUGUUGUGAUUAGAAUUGUGAGCCUAUACAAUUGUAAUCCUUUCAUGACCCCUGGGACACAUGGUAUCCCACCCACUUUUUCCAGCUGUCAGGUUUCUUGGGACUCUACUUUUUCCACUGGAAGUAUUUGCUGCCCUCCAUCAGAGACUUGGGUAAUGAUGAAAGGUGAAAGAAAUGUUCAUUGAAGCAAAAUAGCUGGGGUAUCAGCCUUAAAUGUGAGGUAAUGCAUCCAGAAAGUGAGAAUGGGUAAAAGCUUUGUCUCUUUUGGUUUUGUAUGGCUAGAUAAGCCUUGUAAGCAUAUUUAUGGUUUCCUUGUGAUAGAGAACCCUGGUGCACAUGGGGUUUGUGUGUGGGGGUGUGUGUCACAAUACAUCCUGCCACCCAUGACCAGUGGGACAGAUGAGACCCACUAAUUCUGUGCCUGAGAAUUCUCCAAGGUUUGUGGGAACCAUGUAUUCCCAAAUAAUAUUUCUAAAAAUCCAUAUUACCAACCAAGAAUUUAAAUACACUCCAUGACUCAGCAUGCUUCCAUUAAUGAAAACAUAUCAAAAAAAAUUCAAUGCAGAAAACAGGGUAGUUUCCAUUUGAUUAUUACUAAUAUGUAAAAUUAUAUAUAUACUCGUAAUGAUCAAAUGGAAAUUCGAUGGCAACAGGUUUUUAAUAUAUACGAAUACAAAAACCAUUUGUAUUCCCUGCAACCAUGCUAAAUGCACUUAUUCUAGUUGUUUGGCAGAUUGGGAGAUUUUGUACAUACACAAUCAUCUCUGAAUCCAUAUAAAAAAAAAUCCAUAUGUUUACUUAAAAAAAAAACAAAAAACCUGUUGCCUUUGAGUUGAUUCCAACUCACAGCGACCCUGUAGGACAGGGGAGAACUGUGCCAUAGGGUUUCCAAGGAGUGGCUGGUGGAUUCAAAAUGCCCACUUUUUGGUAAGCAGCCAAGCUCUUAACCACUGAGCCACCAAGGCUCCCAGAUGCUUGCUUAGAGAUCAUUUUAUUAUCUCACUUAAUGUAGGAAAUUUAGAGCCUUUUGCUGCAUUAGCAUCGUCUGGAAACCUCUUAUGCCAGGAACGUAGAAUCUCUGGGGCAUCUGUCCCAUUGUUUUAAACAGUUUUCUCGGUGAGAAAUCUAGUUCAGGUUUUUGGCUGAGUCUCCUUCAGUCUCUAUAUGACAGACGUCCAAAUACCUGAAGAUACAUCAAAGGCCUCCCUGGGCCUCUUGUCUGCGGGCUGAGCAGGUCUCUCAGCACCUCCUCCACAGGGAGAGCUGAGGGGCACCUGACUGUUCUGGGCAAAACCCAGAAUUGAGAAUGGAAUCAUCUGAACUGACCUAACCAAAGAUGUUUAUAGCGGAUAUAAUGUACUGUAAUGAUAUUUAAACAACUCAGAAUGAAUAAAAGCUGAAUGAAAAACCUAGCUAGAGAAUCAUUAAGAAGCAUUUCUUUGAGACUGGUUUUAAAACACAUACUUUCGCCCCAUAUUUGUGCCUUGUUGCUGAGAGAAAAAAAAAAUUUCAGGAGACAAAUGUAUGUCAUUUAUUUUUAAUGUCCGUGCUAUGGUUUGACCACAGCAUUCAGAACAAGUGGAAAAACCUGUCUUUCAUAAGUAACAAGCAGCACUUAGAGCAACAUCUUUCUGUAAAAGUAUUGCAAUUACAGACUUUAGGUCUAAAAACUAAAUCACCAUUGCUCAGUCACAAGAGGCUGAUACACAACAGCUAGAAAUUUUUUGCUGCAUAUAACUUGGACAUUAUGUGGAAAAGUAAGCACAAAUGAUUGUUAAAAAUUAAAAAAAAAAAAAAAGACUUUUAUGAUUUC